AAAAGGUUUCUGGACUUCACCGGAAGGGAAAACUACAUUCACUGCAGCAGAAUGAGGACGACAAAAAUGUACACUCGACGCUUCGAUAUUUUCGUGUUUUUCCCAUCUUAUUUUACGAAGCGAUAAGCGCUGGAUUUAUCUCAGUUACAGCUUUUCUUUGCGAGCCGUUUACAAAGAAAAAAAAAUGACCGAACCAUUAUGGACUUUGUCGUAGCAGCGAUAAUGCAGGUUACAACCGACUGUUUCCAAUUUUGUCCAUCACAUCAGUCACUAUGGAUGUGAGAGCUGUUGUGCAGUUCGCCGCCGUUACCAGGUGCUUCUCGCUCUUUCUACAGGCUGUCUUGAAUGCUGCCAUCCCUGACCAUGAUGCUGAAGCAUUCAGGCCCCCACGGUCAGAGCAGCCCCUAUACCUGGACUCUGCAGUGGAGUGGUUGUUGGGCGGUCUGUCUCAUUGGGACGCUGAGCAUUUCCUCUUCAUUGCUGAGAGAGGAUACCUGUAUGAGCACAACUUUGCCUUUUUCCCCCUCUUCCCUGUCAUCCUGCGAGGCCUGGUGGAGACGCUGCUGUGGCCCCUGAGCAGCUGGCUGACUGUACGGGGACGCUUGCUGUUGGCGGUUGCCCUUGGGAACACCACCCUUUUUCUGUUGAGUGUCGUUGCCUUGCAUGCACUCAGUAGAAUGGUUUUGCAGGACAGACGACUUGCUCUGCUCUCCAGUCUGCUGUACUGCAUCACACCUGCCAAUGUUUUUAUGACAGCUGGAUACUCGGAGAGCCUGUUCGCAGCGCUCACAUUUGGUGGUCUGUUCCUCCUAGAAAAAGGACUCACCUUCCGAGCCUGCUUGGCCCUCAGUAUAGCCACGGCAGCUCGAUCCAAUGGACUUGUUAAUAUUGGAUUUCUACUCUACCUUCCAUCGCUGCACGCAAUUUCCCAAAUCUGUGUUUAUCGUACAACAACAAAAGGCCAUAGUAAAGUUUUCCAUUAUACUUGGGUUAUCGUGCGCCUUCUGCUCACCUCACUCCUAGGAACUGCAAUUAUAGCGCUUCCCUUUUUUGCUUUUCAGUACUAUGGGUACAGGACGUUUUGUACACCAUCUGUGUCCUUGGAGCAGAUCCCUCCUGCUCUCCUCACCCUAGGCGAACACAAGGGCUACCGGGUUCCAGAUGAAAAUAGUCCACCACCCCUUUGGUGCAUGAGACCCCUCCCAGUGCUUUAUUCUCACAUCCAGGAUGUUUACUGGGAUGUGGGUUUCUUUCGCUACUUUGAACUGAAGCAGAUACCAAACUUUAUUUUGGCUCUACCUAUGGCAACACUUGGCAUUAUGGCAUCUUACGCAUAUUUUCAAGCCAAUCCAGACCUGUGUUUGAGACUCGGACUUUGGGAGAACAGUGCAAGUAAACGACUUGACAAACCCACACUGGGAUUCUACAACCCAAAAGUGUUUGUCUACAUUGUUCACUCCACAGUCCUCUUGAUAUUUGGAACACUGUGCAUGCAUGUGCAGGUUCUAACCCGAUUCAUGGCCUCCUCUUCUCCUGUGCCCUUCUGGAUAAGUGCACAUCUCCUCCUCCUCAAUGAGCCACUUCUUCAUCGAAGGAAAACAUCAACCCCUAAUGUACAGCUGCAGAUGCAAAACUUCAUCAGAAACAGAUUCAAGCUCAUGCCUCAAAACCCCAUUACAGGACUGCUGCCACACUUGAAAUCCUGCUCUCCUACCACACAAAGCAUUCUGGGAUACUUUCUCUCUUACUGGGUGCUGGGUUUGGCACUGCAUUGUAACUUCUUGCCCUGGACUUGAUGAUAAAGACUUUACGAGUACACUGAGCUUUAAAAUGAAACAUUUCUGCACAGAAUUCAUCAAUAAUGUAUGUUAACAAAUUAUUUCACACACUGGUUUACAAUAUGUUCUCACUAUUUAAUUUUUUAACAAAUCAGUAAUUGUUAAAUUGAUGAUUGGAAUGAUGUUACAGAUAUUUCCUCAUGGAAAUGUCAGCAAUAUUUUUCACAGUUGCAGUUUUAUUAUAAAAGACAAAGAUCACUGUAAUUUGUAUUUGUGA